GCGCGGAGCCGAGCGGGGCAGCUGCCGAGGAGCCGGGCGGAGCCGGCCGAGCCCCCUGCCCCUCUCCAAGGUUGGCUCCCCCUCCCCCUUCCUGCAAACUCUACUUAACUACUUUUCCAAGGCGUGCUGAGCUCUCUGCAUCUGGGCCAGGCUGGCUUUAUUAAAUGAAGUUCCUGCAGGGUAAAGAUGGGAAUUUACCUGGAUCAUCUGUUGGCUCCUCUGCAGGGAGGGAGUAGAGAAUGUGAAGCUGGGGGAGAGACCUGGAAUAUGAAGCCUGUCUACCAGUGCCUGGACUCUGCAUCUUGCAACCUAAGGAGGAAGAAGGGACAAGCUGUUCACGGCUGAUAAAAAUGGCAGCCAGUGUCUCUCCAUUGGACUGUGAAAGGAGACUUCGGACCUUGGUGUGUGUCUGUCUGGGAGCUCCAGGAAGGCUGCUGUCUGGUUGACACAGCCCUCUAAUAUUAAGUGGAGCGAGGGCAGCAUGGCUCAGAAAGCGUGGGUCAGCACGCUCUUCCACAACCGCAAAACCCAGCUCCUGCUGGUCAACUCCCUGACCUUCGGCCUGGAGGUCUGCCUGGCUGCUGGGAUCACCUACGUGCCACCGCUCUUGCUGGAAGUGGGUGUGGAGGAGAAGUUCAUGACCAUGGUUCUGGGAAUCGGGCCUGUCCUGGGCCUUGUCUUUGUACCACUGAUUGGCUCCGCCAGCGACCACUGGCGCAGCAGCUAUGGCCGCCGGCGGCCCUUCAUCUGGGCCUUGUGCCUUGGAGUUCUGCUGAGCCUCUUCAUCAUCCCCCACGCCGGUCGCCUGGCGGGCUUCUUCGCCCUCAAUGCCCACCCCCUGGAGAUUGCCUUCCUCAUCUUCGGCAUUGGCUUGCUGGACUUCUGCGGCCAGGUCUGCUUCACUCCUCUAGAGGCCUUGCUCUCGGACCUCUUCCAGGAGCCUGACAACUGCCGGCAGGCUUUCUCCACAUACGCCUUCAUGAUCAGCCUGGGUGGCUGCAUCGGCUAUCUGCUUCCGGCCAUGGACUGGGCUAGUAGCUUCCUGGCCCCUUACCUGGGGGGGCAGGAGAAGUGUCUCUUCAGCCUCCUCACCAUCAUCUUCCUGGGCUGCGUCCUGGCCACCCUCUUUGUGACAGAGGAAGCAGUGGGGCAGGUGGAUGCUCUGGCAGGCCCUGCACUGAAGGACUCUUCCCCCAAGCCCUUGUCCCCCAGCUGCUGCUCUUGCCAGGUUUCCAAAAGCCUCUUGCGAGCCAGGCAUGUGGUCCAGGCCCUGAGGGACCUCUGCGCAUUGGUCCCACGGCUGCGUGGUCUCUGCUGCCACAUCCCCAAGGCGAUCCGGCGGCUCUUCGUGGCCGAGCUGUGCAGCUGGAUGGCCCUCAUGACUUUCAUGCUGUUCUACACGGACUUUGUUGGCGAAGGACUGUACCAGGGCGUUCCCAGGGCCGAACCAGGAACAGAAGCCAGACGUCACUAUGAUGAAGGCGUCCGCAUGGGCAGCUUGGGCCUUUUUCUCCAAUGCGUCAUCUCCAUCUGCUUCUCGACAAUCAUGGACCGGCUGGUGAAGCAGUUCGGGACCAGGGCGGUCUACCUGGCCAGCGUGGCAUUCUUCCCCCUGGUUCCCUUCGUCAUGUGCUUCUCCCAGAGCAUCCUCGUGGUUACUGUCUCGGCUGCCCUGACGGGCUUCACCUUCUCUGCGCUCCAGAUCCUGCCGUACACCCUGGCAUCGCUGUACCACCAUGACAAGCAGGUAUUUUUGCAUAAGUACAAAAGCAAAGAAGAGGAAGAUGCUGCUCAGCUGGAUAAGAAAUCAGGCUUCCCCAAAGGCCCCCUCUCCAGCCAGAAGCUGACCUACCAGAAUGGCCAUGCUGGGGGCCUCUUCUCCUCUCCUCCAGCUGCCAGCUCAGCCAUGUGCGUUGGCUCUCCCUGCGAGGUCUCGCUCAUGAUGAGGGUGGGAGACUCUGACCCUGCAGCACCCGGUCGAGGGAUCUGCCUGGACCUGGCCAUUUUAGACAGUGCUUUCCUCCUUUCUCAGGUGGUCCCGUCCCUCGUCAUGGGGUCGAUUGUCCAGUUUACACAGUCGGUGACUGCCUACAUGGUGUUUGCCACCGGCCUCGGGUUGGUCGCUAUUUACUUUGCAACCAAAGUCGUCUUUGAUAAAAGCGAUAUGGCCAAGUAUUCGGUGUAAAACGGGGUACGUGUGCACGUGGCGUACAGCCAACUUGUUUGUACACGUGCAUUGACACUGUAUAAUAGGGCAGGCUGCACAUUGUGCACCCCUCCUUUCUGUCUCUCAUGCUGUUUCUGUGGGGCACGUGGCUGGGGAGAGGUUGUUGGGCUAAGCGCGGGUGUAUUAGGAAGGGCACAAUGCUGUUCUAUCUCCCACCAUCAGAGCUUGCCCUGUGGUGCUUUUGUCUGAGAGCAGUGUUGCAUAGAGGGCAUCAGUGAAGUGAAAGGAGAAGAGUUUCCCUUCAAUCACAGGGUUAAAUUUCUGUACAAUUCCCCCAAGGGAGGGAGGCAGUUGCAUCCCAGAGGGAGACUGCUCCUUGUCUCAUUCGUGCAGAGACCAGCUUAAAUCCUGCCUUGCUCUGGCAGGCUUCACCUUGCUUCGAAAAUGUAACUCCCCUCUCUGACUGGUGGCUGCUGUGGACUGGAAUAUUCGGAGGACAGGCGGGGGGUAGACAUCCAGGGUUGGAAUGGGGUAUUGCCGAUCAGGAUGCGAGUGCAUUGGCAGAGCUGUGUGGAAGCAGUCCUGCAUGGCACAGGGGUGCUGGAGAUGCAUGGGCAGAGUCUGGCUCUGUCCAAGGCUAGUAAUCCUAUUGCUCUGGUGAGCAUCACAAAGUGACCACUUGGUGUUAGUGCACCCCAGGCCACCCUGCUGCACUGGCUGGCCGCUCUGUGCACCACAAGUGCCUGAAACCUAUUUGCAGUGGCCUUAUAAAAUGGCCUGGUUCAAGGCAGUAGGCAGAGUUGAUUUAACAAGGCUCCAGGGCCGUGUUUUUAUGGCACUACUCAGACCUCAUUAGCCUGAACUUUACCCUGUAUUCAAGUGUAAUAAUCCCCAGCGGGAUGUGCGGGGUCUGGUGUCCUCUGUACCCUGCAGGGGCUGGAAGCACUUAUCCUUUGUCCUCCUGGCUGAGGCAUGUUAACGGGACACCCUGUCCCAGGUUACUGCUGUGAAGUCCUUUCCAUGUAGGAGAUGCACUAAGCCCUUGGACGAGAUCAAGUCCUGGCUGCCCUGUUGCAUGGCUGAAUAAUUGGACAUGCUGCCUUCUCUUCGGGCCAUGUUCACUGAUGGUGUGAAAAGGAACAUAUACCCUGCCCUUUGAAGGGUGUGCAGGAGACUCUUCUGCUGCAUAAACCCCUGCUGGUGCCUAGCCUUGCCAUCCCUUCCUUGUCCUUAUUCAUCCCACAUGGCUGUGCCUGCCCCCUCCCUCCCCACCUCGUGAGAUGCUUCCUCCAUUUCAAAUCUCUUGUUCCUCACAUUCUCUGUCUUCUCCACCCAUAUUGGGUCCCCUUGAUGCCUAUUCCCCUCCACUAGGGAAUAGCCUUGAUGCCGAUUGGGUGCAGUUGUUCCCUCCAACAGGAGAGUAAGCUGGAGCAGGCUCGAGAGAGGACCCUGUAGCAUGUCCUGGGUUCUACUCCUCUGUAGGGCCAUUUUUCUGCUUUGCCCCUUUUUCAAAGGGAAGAAGCCAAGAAUGACCUUUCCACUGAUCUGGCCUUGCUCUUGCUGCCAUGAAUUGAUGGCAGAGCUGUCCUGGAUUCUGAGAUCCUGCUGCUGCAGAGGUCAUUCCCAGCUAAGAGGAUAUUCCCAGAUCAGUUAUAUCCCACUCUCCAUGAGUCACCCUUAUGGAAACAUGGGGUGUCUGUACUGCAACACAAGCCAAGGUUAGUAGAACUUGAGUUAGCAAACUGUGGGUUUGUUAACCUAGGGCUUGAGCAUCCAUGCUCAUUUGGAACCCUAGGUUAGGAACCGUUGAACCCUGGGCCCCAACCUGGGGCUCCAGCAUCUACUCUAUAUUAUGUGGGCCCAAAUUCAACCACCCAUAGACCGGACUUCCUCGCACCCUACCAACAGGUGGUUGCUCUAGCCCUUUGUUUGUGGUGCAAUGUUGGAAAAUUUGACUGUCCACCAAGCUUGACUGUCCACAAGCCAAAGAAAGUCUAGCCUAUGGGAUUGUGGGAUACUUUUGGCAGACUCCCAGAGCAUGCGUCCAGGGAGGUUGUGUCUACACUGCAAAGCCAUGGGGCUUGAAUCCUGGGUCCCGCUUGACUCAGGCUUGGAUCCUUCAUUCCCAUGUGGUUCUGAGCCCUGGGUUAGCGCAAUUUGUGUGUGUGGAGAACGGGGUUUAGGCUCAGCCUGAGUUCAAACCCAGGGCUUACACUGCAGUGUAGACACACCUAUAAAGUCUUCAGUGAUUAAAUUGCACCUGUUCCCAUUUCCCAUUUUAACUUCAGAAACCCAUUAGACCUUGGGGAAAUGAUCAAAAACAGAAAUGCCAGCUGGGGCCUAACUCCCACUGAAAACCAAACUGCCAUUCGGGCCUCUGAAAAUCUCUCUAAUGGUUUUUAAAAUCCUUGGCUCUUCUAUUUUUUCAUUCACAGUGGGACUGUCUUCCCCUGCCCCUUGCUAUCAUUCUUCCUGUGGGGAACUGCUCCACCAGCAAACCUUUUAAACAAGAAUCCUGUUAGUCCAGACAAUGCCUGGGCCAAGGAGCCAACUCAAUAAACCACCCGCUAACCAAUGGGAUCAAUGCCUCUAUUCCAAAGGAUGAGGAGAAGAGGGAAGGGCGGACACAAGGGCCAGCAGCGAGUCAAGAGCUAGUGUGGAACUUUACCAUGUCAAGUUAAGCCAUGGGGCUGAUAGCGUGGGAAAUGAAUACACAGUGCCCCAUAUGCCAAUAGAGGCCUUUGCUUCCAGCAUUCCCAAUCUCUUUAGCUUUAAUCUAGAUCUCUCACUGCCAAGCCUACCCCAAGUCAUUCUAUUUUCCAGCUGCAGGGAGAACCUUCCCAAUGAGCUCAUUUGGCAGGGGGGCAGGGGGAGGAUUGGAUUUUCCCCCAUGCACGCUUCUGGAAUGCACCACACUGGGUGUGUGUGUGUGUGUGUGUGUGUGUGUGUGUGUAUGAGAGAGAGAGAGAGAGAGAGAGAGAGUCUCCAUUUUGGCUGGGCUCAUGGAGAUUGAUCUCUAGCUUACUGAGUAGAAAUCUGUGUUCUGGGUCUAAAAGGUUAUGUCUUCUGAUUCCAUUGACAGAAUUUUCUGGGGGAAGGGACAGUGGCUGGAAAUCACCCUUCUAAUUUCCUUUCAUCCCCCUCCCCACCCAAAACAAAAUCCCAUCCACCAUUUUUUGGAUGAAGUAGUCCAGACAUGGCACCUAUCUCAGACUGGUAUGUCAUAAUGUUAAAUAUAAUGAAGUGUGUUUUAAUAAUGUAUUAGAGGCUGAAGUAACCUGCCCUUGCAAUGAGCAAUUAUAUGUGGGUUGCAGAUGGGAAGUUAUUUACUAUGUAAGGAAAACCUCUUUACAUUGUAUAGCAGAAAGGAAUGGGGAAAUCUUAAAGAGGCACAAUGUAUUUACCUAAGAUGGCAUUUGUUCAGGAUGCCAGGCCUAAUGAUCAAACUCUGUAAUAACCACUGACCACAAUAUUCAAACCAAGGCCAUUCAAUGGCCUGGUUUUUCGAAAGCACUGAACACCCUUUAAAGUCACUGGGAGCUACUGGGGGCUCAGCACUUCGGCAAACCACUUAUUUGAGAACUAAAUAUAAAUCAGGUUUGAAAAUAAUGGUCCAUGAGCGCUCUGGACAUCUUGACCACUCACCUGAAAGAUGCAUGGAAAAGUGAUGGGGUGGAGAAGUGAAGGCGUACUUGUAAUAUGCCCAGGUCUCAGGCAGGCACUACCUAGAACAAUAAACACCACAAAUCUUGAACCAGAGCCUCUCCUUUGCCCCUGAUUAAACAUUUUCAGAGGGAGUUGGGCACCCAAAUCCCAAUGUAAACCCUAGCGUUUGUCUCUAUUGUCAUGCUUUGACCUGGCCCGUCCCAGGAGAGGGCAGACCCUGUGUGCAAAAGGAGCCUAGUCAGUAGCCAAGACAUGAUGUCAGGGGAGAUGGCUGUGUUUACUCUUUUUGUGUUUGAAAAGAGAGAGUUGAGCAAUUGAACUUCUGACUCCCCAGCUAACUUUCCUUUGUAUCUGCACCACCUAGUUCUAGGUGGGGCUCCAAUUGCCCCUGUUCUGACCUGAGCAGUAGCAGAUCCUGGUCUCCUGAGCUCUCCAUUUCAACUGGGAAGACACAGCAGGCUCUGGGAAUUGCCGGAACUGUGGGGGGCUUUAUCUGUCUCAGCCUGAUAGAGGCUUUCCCAUCACUAGUGGCAAAGGAGGGAAGGUGGUAGUGGCACUCUAGUGGGGUUUAUUCAUAGUAAAUAAGCUAAGAAGUUGUCCUCUCCCUCUUCAGCCCAGUGGGUAUCUCAGGGGGAGAAGCUAUUUAAUGUCCGGCUUGCCAGCAAGAAAGUCCAGAUUUCCCCCAUGCAGAGCACUGAGUUGAGCAGCUCCCUUUUCCUCACUCUCCCUGCUGGGCUGUGUGCCAGGAGGUGGCAUGGCGGGAGGAUGGGGGGUGGGAGAGAGGAGUACAUGCCAAGAGCUAGCCAUGGCUUCAGCUCCAAACAUCCCUGGCCCCUCUGUGAGGUCAGGCCCAAAUUGUCUCAGGCCCAUCUCUAGAUAGGAAAACUGCUGUUUCUGAGCAAAUGCAAAGACCACAGCUCUGCCUGGAUAAUCAGCACAUACAUGGUGCAUCUACACAGGGAUAAAAGAGCUGAUUCAGGCUCGCGAGAUUCCGGCUGUGGGGCUAAAAAUUGUGGUGUAGACAUUCAGGCUGGAGCCUCAGCACUUGGAGCCUCCAAUCUGUUGCUGAAGUAACUUGUGUGUAGAUGUAAAAAUCUUUGUAGAAUGCAAAUCAUAUCCUCCAAUCUUCAACCACUGGUGUAAGGUCAGUAAAGGAAAGGGCAGGCAGUUCGUGGGAACUCUGCUGGGUUUGGAUGGUAGAUCCAUUCCCUCUCCACUGAGGAAUCAUAUUAUGCCUCUCCCUUCUUGGUUGCCCCAGGGGUGUUUAAAGGGAACACCUUCAGUGGUGUUGGGUCAGUGGAGAAAACUGUAAAGGUAGGGUUGGGUCUUUCUUUUCUAAUGCAUAAGAGUGCAUUAUUGUGAAUCUCUUGUCUAGGGAAAGAUGUUUUGAUGCUGUUUUCUUUCAGGAAGAUACACUGUCUGCAAUAUGGUCCUUUCUUAUUUAUUUAGUGGAGUAAAUAUUUUGUACAGUGUAAGGAGAGGGAUAUUAUAAAGUUUAUUAAGGAGGGAAAUAAAAAACUUUUACAUUGGA